AUGGCAAAACGUAUAAAAACCUCUGAUUUGCUGCGAAAAAUAAACAAUAUUUCAAUGGAAGCUUCUGAUAUCGAGGAUGAAGAAAGUGACCAAGAAGAUAUUGAAACAGUUUAUAGUGGUAAUAAUGAUAAGUUUGAUGAGUUUAAAGAUCAUGAAGAAGUUCGAGAGUCCUCGGACAGUGAAUUAGAAAAUAUUUUGAAUUUAMGGAAAAAAAGACGUGCUCGUAUAGUUUCCAGUUUUGAAGAGGAAAAAGAAAAUAUAAAUAAAAAAAAUGAAAUUGCUGCAGACGGAACCAAUUGGGAAAAAAUACAAGAAGGAUCUACAACUGGAAGAUUACCACUUCAUAAUAUUUUCAAAGAUAUAUCCGGCCCCACAUGA